AUGUCUUGGUCGAUACUGAUCUAUUCUGUCGUUUAUAUUUAUAUAAUCGUUAAUGUUCAAGGCGACAAUUACAAUAAAAGGUUUCAGCUGCAAAGCUUGAUUCUUCGAAGGCUUGCUCGCUCGGGCUGUUCUAAUGCAAGCUUAUGUUUGUCCCAACGGGGUUACUGUGGGACAGGACCAGAUUAUUGUGGUAGUGGUUGUCAAGCGGGUCCCUGCACAGGUACUACUGUGACUACAGCUGCAACUACCACGACUACAACUAAAACUACCACGACUACAACUGCAAAUACCACGACUACAACUGAAACUACCACGACUACAGCUGCAAAUACCACGACUACAACUGCAAAUACCACGACUACAGCUGCAACUACCACGACUACAACUAAAACUACCACGACUACAACCGCAACUACUACAACUAAAACUACCACGACUACAGCUGCAAACACCACGACUACAGCUGCAACUACCACGACUACAACUAAAACUACCACGACUACAACCGCAAAUAGCACGACUACAACUAAAACUACCACGACUACAGCUGCAAAUACCACGACUACAGCUGCAAAUACCACGACUACAGCUGCAAAUACCACGACUACAGCUGCGAAUACCACGACUACAACUGAAACUGCCAUGACUACAACUAAAAUUACCAUGACUAUAGCUGCAACUACCACGACUACAACUAAAACUACCACGACUACAACUGCAAAUACCACGACUACAACUGAAACUACUACGACUACAACUGCAAAUACCACGACUACAACUGGAACUACCAUGACUACAACUAAAACUGCCAUGACUACAGCUGCAACUACCACGACUACAACUGCAACUACUACAACUAAAACUACCACGACUACAGCUGCAAAUACCAUGACUACAACUAAAACUACCACGACUACAACUGAAACUACCAUGACUACAACUAAAACUGCCAUGACUACAACUGAAAUUGCCACGACUACAACGAAGACUACCACGACUACAACUACCAUGACUACAGCUAAAACUACCGCGACUACAGAUCCAAGAGCCAUGAAUAAAGUUAAAACUACCACGAAAAAAGUCAAAACUACUACAACCAAAGCUAAAACUACCGUGACUACAAUUAGUACCACCAGUAGAGGUGGCGUCACUUGUACUGAUCCAAGCUUAUGUUUGUCUCAAUGGGGUUACUGUGGGACGGGAUCAGCUUAUUGUGGCAGUGGUUGUCAAUCGGGUCCAUGCAUGAGAACUUCUAUGAUUACAGCUAAAACUACCAGGAAAAAAGUCAAAACUACUACUACUAAAGCUAAAACUACCAUAAAUAAAGCAAAAACUACUGCGAACAAAGCUAAAACUACCACGAAAAAAGUAAAAACUACUUCAACCAAAGCUAAAACUACCAUGACUACAAUUAGUACCACCAGAAGAGGUGGCAUGACCUGUACUGAUCCAAGCUUAUGUUUGUCUCAAUGGGGUUACUGUGGGACGGGAUCAGCUUAUUGUGGUAGUGGUUGUCAAUCGGGUCCAUGCACGGGAACUACUACGACUAUAAGCAGUAGCAGUAUUGGAAGUGGUUCAGGUAGCAUUAUUGACAACAUUACAUUUGCCUGUGUAUUCAACACGAUCAAUUCUACAUUACGUGCUACCCGUUUCGAUGGACUAAAGGCAACAGGAUGGACACCGGUGAACAACAACGAAGCUGCUGUCUUCCUUGCACAUGUAUUUCAUGAGACAGAUGGGCUCAAGACAAUGCGAGAAUACUGCGCUCCAGGUAUGCUUUUCUAA